UCUCAGCAAGACAACAAAAAGACUGUCUUUUUAUUACCAGAAAAACAAAUCCUUAAAACACAAAACAAAAACUUCCAAAUCAACCCCAACUUUUUCUUCAUUUCUUCAACUCCACAGAAAUCCCCCCCAACACCAAUAAACUCCAAUUAUCACCCACAACACCACAGCCCACAUCCCAAAAUCUCACCCGUAACACACACGCGCCACCACCGAUAUGCCUAACGACAAAUUUACAGUUCUAGGGUUUCUUUGUUCAGGCUUACUCCUCGGUACUGGAUAGGUAAAGCUCACAGAAAUAUGUCAAUUCUUGAAACAAUAGGGUUACAAGCCCUAUUGUUUCUGUUUAUUUCGUUAAUUUGCAGUUAUGUACAUUAUAAAUGGCGUAAUGCCGUCGCUAAAAAGGAGGAGAUUAAGCGACUGGUUGAUAUGGUUUCUAAGGAAUCUGCUAUGGUUGAAUUUGAAUCUGUUUAUGAAUACAAUUCGGCUCAUAAAUUGAACCAGUGUGCUGUUUGCCGUUGCCCUACUACUACGCGUUGUUCGCAAUGUAAAUCUGUUCAUUACUGUUCUGGAAAGUGUCAAAUAAUUCAUUGGAGAAGCGGUCACAAGUAUGAAUGUCGACCUUUAAGUACUAUGAUGCAUAAACAGGAAAGUGAAUUUUGUGAAAGAUCUGCUGAAAAACAAUAUGAAAUACGUGAUGAAGAAUGUGAAUUAUUAGCCAAUGUUUCCACUAAUAAGGAACUUGGUUAUAGCCGUAUGGGCAGAUCAGAGAGACCUUUUGAAGAUAUCUCUCACGACUUGCCGAGUACAAGGUCUAAUUCUCAGGAAAUGCAAGAAACUAAAUCUUUUCCUCCAAAAUCAGCUAAGUCAGUUGCUUGUGUAAAUGGUGUUUCUCGUGCAAGUAAAUCAAAUAAGAUCAAAUCGAGUUGUAAUGAUGAAGUUGUCAGUUGCAAUUCUCAGCUUCCAAAUGGCAAGGUCAUGUGUGAUGAUGCCCGGACAGCAAAAUCGGUUCAUAAGAGGUCAAUUAGAAGAGCUGCAUCAUCAGAAAUGUUACUUACUGAUGCUUCUGACUUAAAUAACUCAACAUUAAUGCAUAGUGUGAAGUUGGAUCCUGUAAAUGAUACUGGGGAAGAUGAUUCAAGAUUAAUCAAGGGCAGAGAAGCCAGAUCUUUGUCAUUUAAUGCUUCAGAUGAUCAUACGCGGGAUGCUUCUAAUAGCUUGAAAAGUUCUGUGUGGAAAAAAGUUCAGCAGUUGAGAGGAAAGCAAUCUAACAUAUACGAGAUGACCUUUCCAUAUGAACUUUUUGUGAAGCUUUACUCAUGCAAUGAAGAACUAAACCCAUUUGGACUUAGAAAUUGUGGGAAUAGUUGUUAUGCUAACACAGUGAUCCAAUGCCUGGCAUUUACUCGGCCUCUCACUUCCUACUUUGCUCGUGGCCUCCAUUCUAAAUCAUGUCGAAAGAAGGGAUGGUGUUUUAAUUGUGAAUUUCAACUUCUGAUUCUGAAAGCAAGGGGCGGAGAGUCCCCUUUGUCACCAAUUAGAAUUUUAUCCAAAAUACAAAAAAUUGGAAGCCAUCUUGGUCACGGAAGAGAAGAAGAUGCCCAUGAAUUCUUGAGGUAUGCUAUUGAUACGAUGCAGUCUGUGUUCCUCAAAGAAGCUGGAUCUCUGGGCAUGUCAGAAGAAACCACUCUUGUAGGAGCAACUUUUGGGGGUUACAUACGAUCGAAGAUAAAAUGUAUGAGGUGUUUCGGGAAAUCUGAGAGAUUUGAACGGAUUAUGGAUUUAACUGUUGAAAUUGAUGGGAACAUUGAGUCUCUUGAACAAGCUCUUACACAAUUUACAGCGGAUGAAAUGCUAGAUGGAGAAAAUAAAUACAAUUGCAGCAGGUGUAAGUCUUAUGUGAAAGCUAAAAAAAAGCUGACAAUAGUAGAAGCACCCAAUAUCCUCACAAUUGUGUUAAAGCGAUUUCAGUCUAGUAAUUUUGGAAAACUGAAUAAGUCAGUACGGUAUCCUGAGGUCCUCGACAUGGCUCCAUAUCUGUGUGGAAGAAAUGAUAAAUUUCCUCAAUACGGUCUUUAUGCAGUGGUUGUUCACCGAGAUACAAUGAGUGAUGCUUCUACGGGUCAUUACGUCUGUUACAUAAAGACUCCCAAGGGUGAUUGGUUUGGGAUAAAUGACAGCACUGUAAUGCCGGUAGAGUUGGAAAGAGUUUUAUCCGAAGAGGCAUACAUGCUCCUUUACGCAAGGCAUUGUCCACGUGCCCCAGUUUCGCGGAAGAGCAAUGCGGAGAUUCACGGAAUGAAGUCCCAGAAAAGGGUUUUGGAAGCUAUUCCUUCCAAUAACCUUAAUACAUCGAAGACGAGGGGUAACUCCUACUUAUCAAACUCGGAUCUUUCAAAGGCAGAAUUAAAGCAUGAUAAAUAUUUAUACUGGAUGGCUCGAGAUGACUUGACGAGAAAUAAAUUGGGCGAUCCAGAUGAUUGGCGAUUUCGCCAUGUGGAUUCAUCAAGCGAGAAUUCUUCCCUUUUUAGUUGGUCCGACGCAAGUUCCUGCAGCACUGCAAGCACAAAGGACUCUGUGAAAAGUGAAGACUUGUCCGAAUUUCUGUUUGGGGACACAGGACCUAGUUGGUAUGGGCAUCGUGGGUAUUGAGUCGAACUCGUUGCAGCUUCCUUGUACAGCAACCCGCGUAGGAAAAAAGGACAUGUAAGAAACGACCACACCGGACGAAGGCCGACCCAUUAUAGGGUGUAGGAGGGUAUGGAACCCAUCAUUCUUUGUACAAUGAUUCAAGAAAAAUGAAAAUUAACCCCUCAGUUUUGGUAGUAGUAACAGUAGGUACCUAGCCUGACAAGUUUAGAACAAUUUAGUACAGACUAACCCUUCUCCAUUUUAGCUAUUUGUGAUGUAGUAUUUGCUACUUUGGAGGAGAGCAAUGUAGCAACAUUGUCAACUCAAACAUUUUGUUUUUGAGGUUUGGGUUGAGAUAUGAUGAAUUGGAGCAGCUUCAUCUAGACUAGCUACCUUAUUUUAUGUUGUAACUUGGAAUAUAAUUUAAUCAUCAAAUCAUUUUCUCA